AUGAUCAGUGAGCUCACCCCUCUUCGAAAUGCUAUUGAGGAUGAUGUCCAACGAAUGGAGUCAGCCGUUAAUUCCAAAACAGCCCCUGAGGAUAUAACUGAUAAUAGUGAAAGUCAAGCUCUUAUUACGUCAUUCGACGGUUUCUAUUAUGAGUUGGCUGCUUUCGCUGAUGUACACAAGUUAACAAUGUCACCUUCGAUGGACGUAGCAACGUCUUCUUUUGCAAAUCAAAACAGUAGUAUACAGAAUUUAUCAGCUUUUCAGCUACCUAAGCGUACAUUCCCUGUUUUUUCCGGUGAGAUGACCGAGUGGCAGGGCUUUGACGAUUUGUUUAACUCCAUACUAUCGCACGCUCCUGAACUGCCGGACGUUGAGAGGUUUGAAUUUCUGAAGAUGUCUCUUAAGGGUGAAGCGCUAUCACUUAUCUCCCAUCUCGCGUUAACGGCUACAAAUUACACUAGUGCGUGGAAAAUAUUGCGUUCACGUUAUGGCAAUAAGCGUGAUCUUGCUCGUAUUCACCUUGAUGCUCUGCUCGCUAACCAGAUUGUUAAGUCCAAUGAUGGCUCCUCUAUUAAAACUCAGAUCAAUACGAUCUUAGAGAACACUGCUGCUUUGGACAAUCUUGACUUUGUAACGCGUCAGUGGAGUCCACUUCUGGUGCACAUCGUUGAAAAACAUCUUGAUUAUGAACUUCGUGCUCGGUGGGAAUUGGUAGUUGGGGAGAAUCAUUAUCCUCAAAUUUCUGACUUUGUUGACUUCUUGCGUACUCAUCUGCGGUCUGCGGAAAUUUAUUCCAGCUGUUCAUCAUCUGACCGACACAAUAGUGCAUCGAAACCGCACAAGUCAGUUAAGCAAACCAAUUUCAACCCUCGCUCUUCUUCAAGCGUUCUAGCCACCACUUCGAGUACUUCAUCCGUCAAGCCGUGUCCACUGUGUAAUGCACCUCAUUCAAUAAGGUCAUGUACCCUAUUUACUGACAAGCCUCCAAAUGAACGCUUUCAUAUUGCAAAAACGCAUUGUUUGUGUAUAAAUUGUCUGGGGACAGGUCACUCCUCAGCCCGAUGCCCUUCAACCUAUAAAUGUCAGUCAUGUAAGAAAAGUCAUCACUCGCUGUUGCACUUUAAUCCUACUGCUAAUAAACCAAAUACCUUUGGUUCAGUAUCGUCAAAUACAUUAUCCACUAAGACGGCAGCGCCUGUGCCUGGGGCUGAGUUACAUGUUACGACUACCUCAUGUCUUGUUCGAGGACAACCUCAGCGCAUCGUUCUAUUGUCAACAGCAGUAGUGGACGUCUAUGCUGCCGAUGGACGGCGACACGCGUUAAGGGCUUUAUUAGACUCUGGUUCACAAGCUAGCUUUAUCACAGAACGAGCUGCUUGUGCUCUUAUGCUUCGUCAGUUCCGAUCUUCUGUCAGCGUUACUACAUUCGCUAGUUCAGACUCUACAGUUGUUCGGGGCAAGUGCAGUAUUAAGAUGUCUCCCUCCGGUCAACAAGCACCCUCUUUUUCUCUUGACGUGUCGAUCGUUCCGCACAUAACUGGACCAACUCCUCAAGUUCCGGUAACGUUUGGACAUUGGGAUCACAUUAAUAGUCUCUCUCUGGCUGACCCAUCAUAUAAUACACCUGGCCCAAUUGACUUACUGAUCGGAGCUGAUCUAUUACCUUCAGUAUUCCUUGAUGGCACUCGAAAGGGUCAAGUUGGUGAACCUCUCGCAAUGAACUCUGUUUUUGGAUGGGUGCUCAUGGGCCCUACGGAAUUUUAUGACCGCUCUUCUGUUGCCACACUUAGCGUAAAUAUAUCUGAACCUAUUGACUCGUUAAUUAAAAAAUUCUGGGAACUUGAAGAGCUACCCACCGCUUGCCAUUUGAGUCCAGCUGACGUUGCUGCUGAGAAAAUAUAUACUUCUACUACAACUCGUUUAAGUUCAGGCAGAUUUGUUGUCACUCUUCCGUUUCUGAAACCUCGUCCACUGCUUGGUGACUCGAGAACGUUAGCGUUGCAACGGUUCAAGGCCCUAGAAUGUCGUCUCAACCGCAACAAAGACCUGCAAGAUCAAUACGCCGAGUUCAUGCGCGACUAUCUGACGGCUGGUCAUAUGGAGUUGAUUCCAUCGUCUGAACAAGGCCAUCCGUUUCAUUAUUAUAUUCCACACCAUUGCGUGCUUAAACCCGACAGCCUGACUACAAAGCUUAGGGAUGUAUUCAAUGCAUCUGCAAAAACGUCAGCCGGUAUAUCCUUAAACGACAGUAUGUACACAGGUCCUAAACUGCAACCUGACAUACAAGUUGUUCUCCUCCGUGCUCGACUUUGGAAAUACUUAUUUAUGGCUGAUAUAAAGCAAAUGUAUCACCAGAUUCUCAUCAGACCAGCUGACAGAGAUUAUUUGCGGAUUCUGUGGAGAUUCUCGUCCACAUCUCCGAUUGACGAGUACCGGUUAUGUACAGUGACGUACGGCACCUCUGCAGCUCCCUUCCAAGCACUUCGCACUGUCCGCGAGUUAGCGACUGUAGAUGGUGCAAAAUGGCCGAAAGCUGCGUCUGUGUUGUUGAAUGACACGUUUGUUGAUGACAUCCUGACCGGAGCCAACUCAACAGAAACUGCUCUUGAAUGCCAAACCCAAAUAAUAAACUUGUGUGCUAUGGCGCAAUUUCAAUUGCGAAAGUGGGCCAGCAACAAUAGUCAACUUCUGCAAACUGUCCCCGAAGAAGCCCGUGCCAUUUCACCAUCUGUCCUUUUCGACAGCAGUGACCAUUCCGACUUGAAGGUACUCGGGCUGAAGUGGGACCCGGUAGCUGAUAAUUUUUCUUUCAAAGCUAAACCGUCAGCAGUCACACCAACGAAACGUACAGUCCUUUCAGACAUUGCUAGGAUUUUUGAUCCGUUAGGCUUGCUGUCGCCAAUAACAUUCUGGACCAAACAUGUCAUGCAGCAACUUUGGAUUGCUGGAAUCAAAUGGGAUGAAGAAAUACCAAAGGAUAUCGCUGUAAUGUGGACACGAUAUCAGUCAGAGCUGAUGUUAAUUGAAACCGUUUCUAUUCCUCGUCGAAUAACGUUUGAUGACGCCACAUCGAUACAACUCCACGCAUUCUCGGAUAGUUCGGAAAAAGGAUACGCUGCAGCCGUUUACCUUCGAACCACGACUUCUACCUCAGUUCAUUGUCACCUUGUGAUCGGCAAGUCGAAAGUGGCGCCUCUAAAAAGGUCUACAAUUCCGCGACUUGAACUCUGUGGAGCUGUCUUAGCUGCCAGACUUCUACGGUUCGUCAUCGAUACCUAUUCAACUCGUAUCAAAAUCGAUAAAUCCCAUGCCUGGACAGAUUCAACCACCGCUUUAGCGUGGAUACAGUCAUCUCCUCAUCGUUGGGCUACGUUUGUUGCUAACCGCACUAGCCAAAUUCACGAGCUUACGUCACCCGACAUUUGGAACCACGUCCCCACACAUCAAAAUCCAGUCGAUUGUGCGUCUCGCGGACUCUUUCCAUCAGAACUUGCUACUCAUCCGUUGUGGUGGACAGGACCUGCAUAUUUACUAGAAUCUUCUGACAAGUGGCCGUCUGCUGUAUCCCGUGCAAAUACAACUGAUGCUCACAUCUCCAUAGAAGCGCGAAAAUGUACCGUCCUCCUAACUACGACAAGCUGCUCAAUUAGUAACGUUCUACAACGUUUCUCAUCUUUAGACAAGGUCCUUCAUAUUAUAGCCUAUUGUCUUCGGUUCUCCAAAUCAAGCCCAGGUAUACCGUACACACACCUUAUUGAUGCUAGGGAACGGUCACAUGCCUUAUCGGCCCUAGUUUUUUACGUACAACAAACGUCAUACCCCGAUGACAUUUCGUCCAUAAAAAAAGGGUUGCGUUGUUCUCCCGCCAUUCAGAAACUCGAUCCGUUCAUUGACGAUCAUGGACUUAUCAGAGUGGGCGGACGUCUCACGAACGCUGACCUGCCAUACGCUCACAAACAUCCAUUGCUGUUACCAUGUCAUCAUCGCUUAACCGUGUUACUCAUUGACCAUCAUCACCUCAGGCUAAAACAUCCAGGAUCUAUAGCCCUUCAAGCUCAUUUGCAGCGUGAAUUCUGGAUACCAUCGGCACGAAGACUUAUUCGAUCUCGUAUACGACUCUGCGUCGCAUGUUUCCGUACCCGGCCACGGUCAGUUCAGCCCAAAAUGGCCAGUCUGCCAAGUUAUCGAGUUCAACAAGUUAAACCGUUUGCCAUCACUGGUGUGGACUACGCUGGUCCUAUCACGCUGAAGGAACCUCGUGGUCGUAAAUCAGUACCUAAACUAGCGUACUUUUGUUUGUUCGUAUGCACCACUACAAAAGCAAUUCACUUAGAACUGAGUUCUGACUUGUCCACCGAAUGUUUUUUGAUGGCGUUUACUCGGUUUUCAGCCAGACGUGGGCCUAUUAAGGAAAUGCACAGUGACUGCGGGACCAACUUUAUUGGAGCGUCACGGUUGAUGGAUCCACUUCAUGAACUUACGCAUUCCCAACUAUUUCAAGACAGUGUUCAUCGCCACCUUGCCAAUCAUCAUAUAACUUGGCACUUCAACCCUCCAGCAUCUCCACAUUUUGGUGGCUUAUGGGAAGCAGGAGUCAAGUCCACGAAAUCAUUAAUCCUUCGAUCAAUUGGCAUCCACAAAUUGACCAGUGAAGAAUUCCUAACACUGCUCACCCAGGUUGAAGCGACCUUAAACUCACGCCCGUUAUGUGCACUCAGCAACGACCCAGAUGAUUUCGAAGCGUUGACACCUAGUCAUUUUUUGACUCUAGAGCCUUCGACGUCACUUCCUGACCCAAGUCUAGUCAAUGUUCCGAUGUCGAAAUACCAACGAUGGCGAUUAAUCACAGAUCUACACCGACAUUUUUGGACACGAUGGAAGAACGAGUACCUUAGUAGCCUUCAAAUUAGGAAAAAAUGGUCUGCACCCGGUCAGGAACUCCGUAUUGGUGACCUUGUCCUCGUCAGGGAGGCGACACAUCCUCUUCGUUGGAGAACUGGAAGAAUUCGUGAACUCCAUCCUGGCUCAGACGGAAUCUCCAGAGUGGCCACUCUCGACACUUCAUCUGGACCACUGAAACGCUCAGCGGUCAAGCUCUGUCCACUCCCAAUCUCUUGA